GGCGACGGUGGCGGUGUCAGUGCGCUUUGAGCAGUGACAGUGGGAGGUUGUCUGUCGCUCCCGCUCUCGGAUCUGCACGUGCCUUCCUCUUCCCCCUCUUGUUUAUCGCUUCAACUCCCGUGACGCGCGUAAUAAAUAAAGGCUGGGGAACUGAGAGUAAAAAGGAAAGGAAGAAGAAAAAGCGAGUGAGAUAAGAAUGGACAUAAAUAUGAAUUAAGAUAAACGAAAAGACACGAGAAAAAAAAUUUGAACGAUUUCCAACUUUUUUGAGAAACUCGAUGAGCGAAAACUAGAUAACUUCAGUGAGUCAAUCUAUUAGAAAAGAGACAACCCGUGUGUGUGUGUGUGUGUGUGUGUGUGUGCGUGUGUGUGUGUGUGUGUGUGUGUGUGUGUGUGUGUGUGUGUGUGUGUGUGUGUGUGGAGGAGAAGGAGGAGUAGGUGAAGGAAGACGAGGGAGGAGGUGGAGGAGGAGGAGGAAGUUGUUACAUUAGUGUCAUAAUCAGGAGGUGGAUCAACGUUGUUCAUACUAAGCUGGUGACAGGAUGAACGGCGCUUACAUCACUGCUGUCCUCUUCUUUAACUAUCACGUCAGCUGCUGCGAUCCUGCCCAGGGGUACUCCCGCCUCUCCCCCAGAGGUACAACAGAGGGGGAUCUCCUGCGGGGCGUGGUGGUGCCGCCCUUCGCCUUAGCAGGGGGACAGGCCACGCUAGGGUGCUCCUUCCAGCUGUCCGCCACACGCCUCUACUCCCUCAAGUGGUACCACAACAACACCGAGUUCUACCGCUUCGUGCCGACCGAGCGUGCCAGAGCCAUCAACAUACAGCCCACGCCGGAGUUCUCGGUGGCGGAGGUGUUCAGAAGCGACCAGCACGUGACGCUCUCCCUGACGCGCCUCACGCCCGCCGCCUCGGGACGCUACCGCUGUGAGGUGAUCGCUGAGCACCCCAGCUUCAGGACAGAGGCGGCCAGCGGGACCAUGGCUGUGCUAAGAGAGCCGCUGUCCCCCCCGGUGGUGGAUGGAGCGAGGGAGAUCUACCAAACCUCUGAGGUCAUCAAGAUAGGGUGCCGCCCCCGCCACGCCGCGCCUCCGGGACACCUAUCUGUGCUAAGCUGGUACUUGGACGGCAGGAAGGUGCUGGACGAAUACCUCUCACCUUUCAACGCUACCUCCCAGGGGGUUGCUCUUCCAGGCCUCUCCCUAAGAGUUCCAGGACAAGAGGUGGCAGCGGCGGGCGGCACCGUGCAAGCAGAGUGCCGGCUGAGUCUCGGUCCGCACUCCAUCAGCACCUUCAAGACGCUGCGAGUUCGAGUAAGGAUGGUGUCAUACGUGGGGCCCUACCAGUCUGCAGGGACACACAUCACGCGCGACACCCGACAAGUGACCGCUGUGCUGACGUCUGUGCUGCUCCUGCUACUGUUGAAUCAGUAGGGGUUUUCAGCAGGACCUGCCUCAUCCACUCCCUUCCUGCUGCACGAGUAUUCAGCAGGGCCUGCCUCACCCACUCCCUCCCUGCUGCAGUCUACAAGUGGCCAGCCUUCCGUGUACAAGCUACAGACUACAGCGGCCAGCCUAACACCUUCCUCAGGCAACACACAGUCUCGGGGCGGCCCACUUACCACUCGAGUCUCAGUGCCUCCAACAGUCACAAUUCGAAUCUGUCUGCCAGUGUGUGACUGUAUGCCUGACUGUAUGCCUCACUGUGUGUGUUUAUGACUGCAUGAGUGAGACUAAGACUGAACAUACGAAAGACUGCAUGAGUUUUCGACUGUAUGACUGAAUUUAUAACAGAAUGACCGUGACUGUCCACGUGUCUGAGUGUCUGAAACUACCCAUGUUAGUUGUCUGUGUCUGAUUCAGUCCGGGUGUCUAUCUGUCCGCGUGUUACUUAGCCCGUCUGUCUGACUGUCUGUCUGUCAGUCUAUGCGGAAGUUUGUCUGUCUGUCUGUCUGUCUGUCUGCGUGUCAACUUGUGUGCCAGUCUGGGUAUGUGCUCCAUGGUCCAACUUAAUCACACUUACAAACACAAGUUGCAUAUCUCAGCCUAGAAUUAAGGACCAAAGUCUAAUAUCUUAAGUACUCCAUUAACUACUACUACUAUUACUACUACUACUAUUACUACUACUACUACUACUACUACUACUACUACUACUACUGCAAGCUCUUCCUAACAACAGUCUCCAUCCUCCAAAACAGAACAUUAGGAAUUGCACACGUCGGAAGGAGGUAGGGAGAUAAGGAGGGGAGGGCAGGAUGUCAUUCGCCAACUUAACGUGAAUGACCUGUAAUACUUAGGAAAGCACCAGAAACAGUCAUGAGAUUGUCUCAUGUUGUUCUUUACGUUGUCUACUUCAGUGUCCUCUAAGUAAUAGUACAAUGUAAAUGUUGUGCUAGUAGGGAUUUUGAUGAUAGUAGUAGUAGUAGUAGUAGUAGUAGUAGUAGUAGUAGUAGUAGUAGUAGUAGUAGUAGUAGUAGGUAGUAGUAGUAGUAGCAUUGGUACUGAUGUUGGAGUUAGUAGUAGUGCUGGUGAUAUUAUAACUAAUGGUGGUAACAGCAAAAGUAGUAGUAGUAGUAGUAGUAGUAGUAGUAGUAGUAGUAGUAGUAAAAGAAAAAAGAAAAAAGAAAAAAGAAAAAAGAAAAAAAGAAGAAAAGAAGAAGAAGAAGAAGAAGAAGAAGAAGAAGAAGAAGAAGAAACGCAGUAAUAGUAGUCGUACCAGUAGAAAUAGUACCUGUAGUAGCAGCAAGAGUAGCGGUAGCAGUAGCAGCAGCAGUAAUAGUAUCUCAGUUCCUCAUCUAUUUCUCCCAUUGUCAUGAAGCCUGUAAGUAAGUUUGGUCUGGUGUGGUCUGGUCUACGUAGGUUGGUCUGGUCUGAUAAAGCAUCCUCACUCAGUCGGUUUGGUGCGGUCUGGUCUACUCUGAUAUAAGUUUGUGUGUACUAGUUGAAAUUAGGAUUGGUAUGGUGGUCUGGUGUAAUCAUGAUCUAGUCUGCUUCAAUCUGGUCUUUUGCUGAUCUGGUCUGGUCUGGAAGUAGAAACCAAACUGCCUUAAUUACAACCAAUAAUAAAGCUUCCUUGUUCCUCGGUCUGCGUCUGCCUAUCCAUCCAUCCAUCCAUCUAUCACUUGAUCUACUUGGUAUAUUCUCCAUCUAUUCAUUAUCUGUUUAUCUAUCUAUCUGUCGAUCUGUCAGUCCGUUUUCCUGUCUGUUGUUUGUCUAUAUAUCGGUCUGUUAGUCUAUCUAUUUGUUCAUGUAUGCAUCUAUCUAUCUAUCUACCUAUUUGUUUAUCUAUCUAUCUAUCUAUCUAUCUAUCUAUCUGUCUAUCUAUCUAUCUGUCUGUCUUUCUAUCUAACUACCUAUCAGUGUCUUCUUUUAUCAUCUAUUUCUCUGUAUAUGUAGUAUGUAUUCCUAUGUAUUAUUUUCGUGUGUGUAUAUUUUACCAUUCUUAUGUAUGUGUAUUAUGUAUAGCAAUUAGUAGAUGUGUAUGUGUAUUUUUUAUUGUACACUUUCAGUAUUCGUGUAUGAAUUGCCUCUCAGUGGCCUGUUUUACGAGCCUCUUUAUGUGUAUGAGUGUAUGUUUAUGUAUGUAUAUAAGAUAGAUGUGAAGGUACGUAUGUAUGUAUGUUGUAUUUAUGUAUAUUUCUUUACGAAUAUAAAUUUCAGCUUGUUACAAAUAUUUUCUCAGCCUUUACUUGUUUUUUGCGUGUAGUCUCUCUCUCUCUCUCUCUCUCUCUCUCUCUCUCUCUCUCUCUCUCUCUCUCUCUCUCUCUCUCUCUCUCUCUCUCUCUC